GGAGAGGGUCCCGCACCGCAGUUGCCCGGGGGACGCCGGCUGGGAGAGGGUCGCGCGCCGCAGUUGUUGGGGUAACGCUCGGACAGGGUCGCACGCUGCGUUUGCCCGGGUAACGGGAGGCGAGGGGGAGAGGGAGGGGGCGGGGGACAGUUGCCCGGGCAACGGCGUCAGAGGGUCGCACGCUGCUGCUACCCGCACGGAUCGUUGCUCCGGACCGAGAGAAGCCGCCGGACGCGGCUGCAGUUCACCGGGCCAUGCCGGAGGCGCCCACCAGCACUCGAUGCUCCGAUUAGGCCGGCGGGAAGAUGGGCUCGGGCUCGUCCAAGGUGCCGCACAAAGUUGUGAAGGUGACGCCGGCCCCGUCGGCGGGGGUCAUCCCCGGGAGGACGGGCGGGGAGACUGCCCGGUGGUGGGGAAGCGACCGCCUACCCCCGCUGAAGAAGAGGUUUGCCGCUGGGUGUGCUGCCGGCGCGCUGCCUAGCCUCACAAGCAGACAAGUACCCAGGGCAUUCUCGUUUGAUAUUAAUGUGGACAGCAGGGAAACCAGUAUCAUAAAAAAUCACCCUCCUCGAAGAUAUCAGAGACUUGAGCCCAUCAAUGGUUGUACAAUGAAUACAUCGGAAAAGCAGCGAGCAGAAAAUGGGCACAAACUGCAGGCACAAGAAAUACAAGCCGGAAUUACAAAGCAAUUCUCCAGGAGACGACAACAAAUCGAGAAAAUGCAAUAUGAAAAGAUAAGGCAGCAAGAGAUAAUUCAUCUACAAGAGCAAGCAGAACUGGUGUUAAAUCAUCAUAAGGAAAUCCAAAAUAAUAAACAGAAUAUAAAGUAUUCCAGAGCCAAAAAAUCAAGGGAUAAAGGUCAAAAUAAUGACCAUCAAGCAGAUCAGUACUAUAUUGCGAUUGAAUCUAAUGACAUUUUCAAUGAAGAUUAUGGCAAGACACCUAACAAACUUGGGAGGCGCCAGACGCAGUGGGACAUUCUCUACCACAACUUCAAUGAUGAGACCUUGGACUGCAGGAUGGAUAUCGGUCAAUCUCGCAACAGACUGAUAAGAACUAAGACUGAACGAAUCCCCAUCUUUGAUGAAUUCUUUGAUCAUGAAUUGUAGCCAUUCGGGUUGAGGUGAACCACUGAAAAACUGAAGUUGCGGAAACACUUGUUAAGUUCAUGUAUAAACAAACUUGAGAACUGUAUAUACUCAACACAAGUCCAGUUCUAAAUAAUGAAAAUUACUUUCUUAUUUUUCAGUUCCUUCAUGGACUCUUUUCCAUUUGAAGAGGCUUCUACUAACAUUAUUUUUUCUUCCAAACCGUUCUCCCUAACACUGUUGCAGAUUCGUUCACUAUCUUUACCCAAUCUGUAAAAUUUGGUCCUACUUCACACCCAUAGUAAACAGAAUCAUAUAUGACAUUAUAAUGGUCCUACUUUACACCCAUAGUAAGCAGAAUAGUCAAUUACAUUACACUGCACCUUAUGGUGCAUGUGACAAAUACAUUUGAACUUGAACUGAGUUUGGCCUAAUUCGUAUUUAAUAUAGUUCUAACGAUUUUCCUGCUGUUUAAAUCUUUGCUUUAAAAACAUAGAAAAUAGAUACAGAAGGAGGCCUUUUAGUCCUUCAAGCCUGCACCGGCAUUCAUUAUGAUCAUGGCUGAUCAUCCACAAUCAGUAACCCGUGCCUGCCUUCUCCCCAUAUCCCUUGAUUCCGCUAGCCCCUAGAGCUCUAUCUAACUCUCUUUUAAAUUCAUCCAGUGAAUUGGCCUAUACUUCCUUCUGUGGCAGAGAAUUCCACAGAUUCACAACUCUCUGGGUGAAAAUGUUUUUUUUCAUCUCACUUUUAAAUGGCCUCCCCUUUAUUGUUAGAGUGUGGCCCCUGGUUCAUUGGGAACAUUUUUUCCUGCAUCUACCAUGUCCAGUCCUUUUAAAUUUUAUACGUUUUUAUAAGAUACCCUCUCAUCCUUCUAAAUUCCAGUGGAUAUAAGCCCAGUCUUUUCAAUCUUUCCUCAUGACCAUUCCGCCAUCCCGUGGAUUAACCCCGUGAACCUACGCUGCACUGCCUCAAUAGCAAGGAUGUCCUUCCUCAAAUUAGGAGACUAAAACUGCACACAAUACUCCAGAUGUGGUCUCACCAGGGCCCUGUACAACUACAGAAGGACCUCUUUACUCCUAUACUCAAAUCCUCUCGUUAUGAAGGCCAAAAUGCCAUUAGCUUUCUUUAAUUAUUGUCAUAGAGCUGUACAGCAUGGAAACAGGCCCUUCGGCCCACCUUGUCGAUGCUGAUUAGUUUGUAUAUUGGGCAAGUUGCAUUUGCCUGCAAUUGGGCCUUAUCCCUCUAAACCUUUCCAAUCCAUAAAUCUGUCCAAAUGUCUUUUAAAAGUCAUAAUUGUAUCUGCUUCCUCUGACCUUAUUUCAGAUACGUUCUACUGUGAGUGGGAAAUGAUGCAUGCGAACCUUGAUAAAUACCUGACUAAUAAGUAUCCUGUUUGCCUUCUUGACAUUUGCUCUGCCACAUUAGGAGAAUGCCACAAUAGUCAAAAUCAGACUAUUCCUUCACACUUCCUGGUGUUCUAACUUUUAUCAUGUUUGGGACAAAGACCCAUCAUUUAUUUAUUUGUCUCUGUACUCCUCAAUUUGAGAUUUGUAAAAGAAAAUUACAUGUGGUUAAAGUGCACAUCGUCAGAUUUUAAUAAAGACCAUUUUUAUACAUUUUGGUUUCACCAUGUAAAAAUUAUAGCAAUGUUUAUACAUAGUCUCCACAUUUCAAAGCAUCAUAAUGUUUGGGACACAGCAAUGUCAUGUAAAUGAAAGUAGUCAUUAGAUUAGAUUAGAUUAGAUUUGUAACACAUCCUUUUCAUACAAUGACUGCUUGAAGUCUGCGAUUCAUGGACAUUACCAGUUGCUGGGUGCCUUCUCUGGUGAUGCUCUGCCAGGCCUGCAUUGCAACCAUUUUUACCUUAUGCUUGUUUUGUGGGCUAAUCCCCUUCAGUUUUCUCGUCAGCAUAUAAAAGACAUGCUCCAUUGGGUUCAGAUCGGGUGAUUGACUUGGCCACUCAAGAAUUGACCAUUUUGUAGCUUUGAAAAACUCCUUUGUUGCAUUAUCAGUAUGUUUACGAUCAUUGUCUUGCUGUAGAAUGAACUGCCGGCCAAUGAGUUUUGAGGCAUUUGUUUGAACUUAAGCAGAUAGGAUGUGUCUAUACACUUCAGAAUUCAUUAUGCUACCAUCAGCGGUUGUGUCAUCAAUGAUGAUAAGUGAGCCAGUACCUUCAGCAGUCAUACAUGCCCAGGCCAUUCUCACUCACCAUUCUGUCUAAAAAUCUCUGCUCUUAAAGCUAUGCCCUCUGGUCUUUGACAUUUCCUCCCUGAGAAAUAGGAUCUGACUGUCUACCCUAUAUAUGCCUCACAUAAUCAUAUCAUGUGAGAUGAGGAGAAUUAGGCCAUUCGGCCCAUCAAGUCUUCACCGCCAUUCAAUCAUGGCUGACCUAUCUCCCCCUCCUAACCCCAUUCUCCUGCCUUCUCCCCAUAACCUCUGACACCCGUAUUAAUCAAGAGUAUUCAGUGCCCUCUAUAAUGUUUGGGACAAAGACCCAUCAUUUAUUUAUUUGCCUCGGUACUCCACAAUUUGAGAUUUGUAAUAUUAAAAAAAAAUCACAUGUGGUUAUUUGUACAUUGUCAAAUUUUAUUAAAGGCCAUUUUUAUACAUUUUGGUUUCACCAUGUAGAAAUUACAGUUGUGUUUAUACAUAGUCCCCCCAUUAUUUUGUGACCACUUUAUCUUCCCAAACAGGAACAGAAAUAUAUUAUUUUGU